UCCGUUCUCUUUGCACUCAAGCAUACAUGUCAACAAGCAGCCAGAUAUAAGCCACAGCGCACGCGAUGGCAGACCAACAAGAAGACCAGCCUCCGUAUCCCUCGUGGGAAGAGCUCUACAACCGACACGACCAAGCUCCAGGCUCCACGGUAGAGGAAUUUCUCGCCCGACCUCCCAUUCCCCGAUUUGCACCACACACCUGGCGCCUCUUCUGGCAUUUCCGUGGCGACUUCCCCGAGUGCGUUUCCGUCGCGCGCGUCAAGUGGGUCGAAGAGGACGUCGAACCAUUCUUCACGCCUGCCGAGGAGGGGCAACAAGGCGAUGACCCAUCAGUCCCCGAUGGCGACGCUGGCGGCGGCACAUGGCACGAGAUUGCACACUUGCCCUUGACCGAACCCAAGGUCUCGUCUAUCAAUGCUUCCAGCCUGGACCUCGAAAUGCUGGAAUGUAAUUGGGUUUGGACGCAUAGGGAAUUCCACGACGACAACUGUGAAAGCGAUGAUGGGGGAUGGGUCCGCUAUGGGGACCUUGGCAGUAAUAGCGCCGUGGAUCCGAGCAUCUGGGAAACGGGAGCCCCCGACUAUAUUUGCACUGAUGAUACAAAGUGUCUUAUCCGAUGUAGUUGUGGAGAGGACCGGCCGGUGGGGAAAUCUGAACUGAAAAUAACAGAAGUACCUUCUCCUGGCAAUGAUUUCGUAACUGUCAAGGACUAUAUAAGCACUGUUCACCCCUGGCUUAUGAGUAUGCGUGACGACAUCUGGAAAGCGAAAAAGGUUGAGCGAGCGACAGCGGAGCCAGAUGCUGCAUCUUUAGAGUGGAUGGUUGUAUACGGCCCGCAACACGAGACUAUGCUGAAGUCAUGGUAUGUAAGACCUCGCAGGUCAAAGGGAACAAGGACAAUCUGCGUUACCGUAGCUGGGACGACGGAGUCCGUUCCAGGGUAAACAGGGCGGGUCGUGUUCGCUCUAUAUAUCCUGUAGUUCAUGUCACCCUUACUACACCCUAACUAGCCUUGUUGAGAAGUGCCCAGCAAUACUUCCUAGUACGCAAUCCAUUGAAAUAUUGCCACCUAGUGCGGAUAUUACAGCGGCUCCGAUUGUUAUUAUUAAUACAAGUGUGCCAAG